AUGUUUAAAGGUAUUAUUCUUUUAAUCGCUGUUUAUGACGCGGAUUUUCGAGUCAUUAUAUUUCAAAAAGAAUCCAUUCAAUUUUCAGAUCCGCAAUAUCGUUGUCGCGUAGCCGGCAACAUGGAUCUCGAACGAAGUCUUCCCAAUCUUAGCAUCGACGAUAUGCCAUGGCGGUCACAACACGAUCAACCUCAACAGCCGUGGGCAUCCGGCAUGCCUGCUGGAGGAGCAUCGGGCGCACAAGCUGGAUGGGGUCACAUGUCACCACAACAGAUGCGUAAUCCAUGGCAAGAUCCGAACGCAUUAGCACAAGGCGUAAAUGAUGCUCUGGGAAUCGGCGCUACACCCGGCGGUCAAGGAAGUUGGGGUGCGCCAAUGGGAGCGGCGCCAGGCGACUUUGGUGAGGCCGCGAAAAUCUGGUCCGACCCUCACGUAGAUCAACAACAACAACAGUUUAACCCCAUGCACGGACAUCAUCGAGGUAUGAACGGUAUGAUGGAUCCACAAGGCGGAAGUGAUUGGAUGGGUGCAACACCAGCCCUCAACCAGAUGCCGUUAUGGGGCGACCUACAGAAGCAGGAACAUGAUGGUUACUGGAAACAUCAACAACAAGCUGGCGGUUGGGGAGGACCACCAAGCGGCUUAGGAGCUUGGCCUCCACGUCAGAUGCACCCAAGUGCUCCUCCACCUCAACAUGGCGCACAUGGUCAGCCUCCACGAAUGUUCGUACAACGACCACCACAAGUUUGGGCACCUAAUGGUGGGAUGAUGGGUGGUCCACCAGUUGGAAAGCAGGCAAUGCCCUGGGAUCAACAACGUAUGACGGGGAUGCCGCGAGGUGGAAUGGGUCGAGGUGGUCCAGCGGGUGGUCGCUAUCCUCCAGGAGGCAUGGAUAUGAGUGUACCGCCUCCGAUGGAUUUACCUUUGAGUGGAAUGCGGCAAAUGGCACCACCGAACGCAGCAGGAACGUGGAAACCCGAAAUUGGUGUAGCACCGAAUGGUAUACGUGGUCCGACAGCAUUUGGACAAAUGGCAGCUCCGUUAAUUAUGUCUGGAAAGCCACAAGCGGCACCGAAUCAAUUCCCAAUUGGCGGUGUAGACGAUUUGAUGUGGCACGAUCCGAAUGGAGAUUUGAAAAAAUGGCAGCGAGAUACAGGAGUAUCGCUUUGGGGUGAUCCAGAGAAAAAUAAUGAACGCCCUGUACGCUUAUGGAUGAUCGGCGAAGGCGAGGAAGAAGAUCUGGAAGUGGCCUUAAUGAAGUGCCCAGUUCCGCAGAAGAAGGUGGAUGGAAGUAACGAAGAUGGCUCGGCACGUUUGCCAUUUCCGAUCCCGUCGAAGCGCCCUAUAGUAGUGACUGGAUGGGGUGAGCUGCCAGAAAACGACCCCAAUAAUCCGAUAAAACACGACGAAGGUCAACCCGGUUCUGGAAAAUGGGGCGACCUUUCUUCACAUUCUCAGCAUACCAGUGACUCGCCAUGGUUCUUGCCUUCUCAACAACAACCUCAGCCAUUCGCUCCAGAAGCACCUGCCUGGGGACAGCCGAAUACGGCUGCGGCCCCAAUGCCUCCUGGUCCCUCGCAACCUCAUACUCAGGCCGUUGCUGAUCAACUGAAAUACGCAGUCGAUAAGGGUUAUCUUGAUAUGUCGGUGCUGCAACAAACGAAUUUACCACCUCAUGUUCUCCAACACAUGAAUCAAAUGCUUGCCCUCAUACCGGCACUAGAGUGCUGCGAGGCUGAGCUAAAAAUGCUUGUAGAUAGCGUACGCCCAGAUGGUGAAGUAGACGGUAACAGUCCCCAAAGGUGGAUGAAUGAUGUACAAAAGGUUGAGUACAAUCGCCUGAUCAUAGAAGUGACGACGGUGAAAAUUGAAGUGGCAGAGCUGUCGAAGAAGAUCCAGCGCGGUCUGGCUGACGCUGGAAUGUCGAGCGGAAGUGCGACGGUUGAGGGACUCGGCUCCGACGCGUACCACUACUCCUUUCUCGAGUAG